UUUGUUUCACCUCCUGCAAAUUUCUUCCUUUUAUCUCUCGCUUGAAGGGGAAAAUGAAUUUACUUGGAAUUUUGAUGGAAGCCGUUGCUUCACAGUCAAUGGACACCAUUAAAACGGCCCUUAUUAGGCUUCUAAGAGCGGCAUGGAUAGCUGGGAUUCUUCCCCUCCUCAUCGCUUCACUGCCUUCUCCGCGUCUCAAUCCGUUUCACUCCCUUUUACAAGCCUAUGCCAAAAGGGGCAAGAUUAUGCCAUCUUCAUCCAAUAGGUUCACAGUUCCACAGAGUUUCUUUCUGCACUUCUAUUUGUUGGGUUUGGUUUGGACAACCACCUUGUUAAUGGGCAUUUGGUACUUUGCAUACAAAGUUGCACCUUUGGGUUCCGAGCCUUUGAGUUUUGUUAGUCAAUUGACAGGCGGGUCACAUGUUUUUUUCCUACACAAGUCUCGUUUUACCACGGCUGAAGCUAGAUUCAAUGUUUGGAAGUCUGUGUUCUUGUUGUUGUUGAUGGAAAUUCAUGUCCUGAGGCGGCUGUAUGAGACCCGUCAUGUUUUCAACUAUAGCUCUUCAGCUAGGAUGCACAUUGUUGGAUACUUAACUGGCAUCUAUUAUUAUACAGCAGCACCUCUGUCACUCUGUACAUUUUGUGCACUAGAGGCUUUUAAUUUUGCAGCUGAUCAAGUAGUUGAAUUUAAAGUUGAAGGCCAAGAAAUGCUGUCAAUUACAGAUUUUGAUUUGUGGGGUUAUGUGAAGCCUAUAACAGGGCUUGGAAGGUGCCAAUGGGCUGGUGCUUCUAUAUUUGCUUGGGGGUGGUUCCAUCAAUUUUGUUGUCAUGCGAUUCUUGGAUCACUUAGAGAACGUGGAGAUCGAACUGCUGAAUACAUCAUUCCUCGUGGAGAUUGGUUUGAAGUUGUCUCGAGUCCGCACUAUUUAGCUGAGAUGAUAAUAUAUGCUGGUCUAUUGGUCGCUAGUGGAGGAACCGACAUUACCAUAUGGCUACUUCUUGGAUUUGUGGUAGCUAAUCUCGCCUUUUCUGCAGCAGAAACUCACCGGUGGUACCUUCAGAAGUUCGAGGACUAUCCUCGAAACCGGUGGGCCAUUCUUCCAUUUGUUUAUUAGUUCAGAGAGACUAGUUUCGAAGUAUAUUUCGUAAACCGGGUUAGCUCCUGCUGUGCUGUUGUCUGUAAUCCCUUGGAUUGACAUCCCUAUGUGUGUGUGGUAAAUGGAAAGUGGACUCUACCAUUUUCCCAACCCUGAGGAAAGAGAAGUGUUGUUGAACAUUAUCAUUGAACAGUGUAUAGAAAACUGCUAGGAACGUUUCAAUAAUCAAAUAAAUUAUGGAAUUUGUCCAA